CAACAAUCUAGGUCCACCGUUUUUGCCCCUGGCCACGCACAUAGCCCUCCAACAUGUCAGCGGUUUCCGAGAGUUCGGUCCGGUGUUUUGGACCCGGAGGUCAUCGUUUUGACGUGUUCAAGCAGUUUGGUCACCCUGUCCCUACAAAGUCCAGGCUGAGUAAAACCAGGCCCUGAAAACCUUCGUUUUCGUACUGUUUUGGUAUGAUAUGACCCACUCGAGUAAAAUGAGGUCCAACUGAUUUGUAGGGCUGUGCUUGGUGACUGACGUUUCCCAUUCGCUUUCCAGGACUUCCGGAACUUCUUCGUGGUUUCGGAACCCAUCGACUCGUUAGAGGUCAUGGACUUCAUGCAGAGCUCCUUCGUGCGGGGCAGCACGGUCUCGGAGGCGCACGUGGCGAGUCUCCUCCGCCAGGUCUUGGAUGCGUGUGCUUAUUGCCACGCGCAGCAGCUGGGGCCCGUGAUGCACCGGGAUUUACAGCCAGAGGCCGUCUUGGUGGAAGAGAUCUCGAGAGAGGAUGGCGCUCGAGGCUUGAAGGCUUGGGUCUCGUGCUUCGGCUUGCAGCCCUUGUUCGACCUCCACGGCCUGGGUGGCUCUCUGCCAGCCAGUUGCUUGCCUCCUGUGAAUAGUGCGGCGCCGCAACUUGCUCCAGAGGCGUUGCCGUGCUCGACGGGUCCGGAGUUCUUGGCGCCGGAAGUCUGGAGUAGGGACUAUGGGCCCAAGUGUGAUGUCUGGUCCUGCGGCUGUCUCCUCUUCUUGCUCUUGACAGGUCGACCGCCCUUUCCUCCGAGGAAGUCGGUCUCUGAUCUGGUGUCGGCCUCAGAGUCUUUGACCACCAGGGGAGGAGAGCGAGAGUGGGGCCUACCAGGCCAACUGCUUCCCUUUCCCCCAGCAAUGGAGUGCCAGCUCUGCGGCGCCAAACAUGCCAGUGACUGGACGGAGCUGCUGCAAAGGCUCGGCCACUCCGACCUGAAGGCACAGCGCUGUGCGCUCAAGAGGCGCCUCAGCGUGAGCAAAGGGAUGGAAGAUGAUGGAAGAGAGAGUGGGAGCGAAGCUGCGAAGCGGACUGACCUCAUGGGACGAGCGGGGCUCAGCACCGCGGCGCUGCCGCGGUCUCUGCGCUCGGAGGCGCGCAGGCGCCUGCGGGAGCUGCUCCUGGAGGCGCCGGGGAAGAAUUCCAGGGAGGUGCUGCACCUGGAGGCUUUCGAACUCUUGGCUUCUGCAGAGCUGGACGGCCACGAAGCCUCCCCACCCUGGUUCUCCUCCGAGGAGAUCCAGUCGAGUUUGGCUGCGCCCUUGAUGCAAGUCCUGCUGAGUCAUUGGGAGCGAGACGAGUUCUCGCUAGGGAAGCUGAUGAUGCUCCAGCUUCGCUGGGUCGAGGCGGGCGACGUCGCGCCGAUGGCCGCUGCGGGCUUCGCGCUGAAAGUGCUGCGACGUGUUGGAGAGCGGGAGAGGACCAGCUCCGCUCCCUUGAGGUGGUCUGAGGAUCAGUUGCAAUUCCUGGCACGUGUUUCGCAGCUGGCGCGGCAAGGCUUGUCGCGCCUGACUUUGCCGCGCGACCAGAUGGUGCCAUUCCUGGUGAAGUCGUUGCAUCACUUCUUAGCCGCUGCAGAGACGAACACGGAGUGCCAGCAACUCUGCUUGGAGAUCCUCGCUUUUCUUUGUGGAAAGGAUGAAGACUUGGAUUGUGCUUCCGACAUCAGGGAGCGUUAUCCGAUUGACGAGAUCUGGAACUUGAUGAUGGAUGCGGAUGAGGAGUUUCACCAGGACAGGCUGAAGCUUUUUGCGGAUUCGAAGGGCGUGGAUCGUUAG